UCUCGCUUUAUCCCUCUUUGUCCGGUGGCGAUACAAGGCCAUGAUAAUUAUGGCAAAAUUUGCGUUUUUGAAUGAAUUAUAGUUGAAUGGUGAAAUCAACAAGCAUACACCGUGUGACGACUGGUUUGCUGGCAAUGACACACCAGAGAUUUUCAAUUUAAAGGACAGCCGAGCGAGCAACGGAGAAAGGUCAUAUUAGCCAAUGGCUGCCGACUCGGGGAGACUACAGGCGGGACAAGGAAAACGAAGCAGAGCUUCACAGAUGAAGAGCCCAGAGAAGAAGAAGGCAAGGAAAUCCACGACUCAGGCGGCGGGUUUCUCCCACCUCACUGAGUUUGCACCCCCUCCUACCCCUAUGGUGGACCAUCUGGUCGCCUCCAACCCCUUUGACGAUGACUUUGCAUCCCCAUCCAGACCUGGUGGGGCAGGUGGACCAGGUGGUGCUCCAUUUCUUCCCAGCCCAGGUGCCGGUGGAGGAGGUGGGUAUGGAGGAGGAGGCAGAAUGAGUGGAGGCAUGAACUUCAUGGGAGGACCGGGAGGACCCGGUGGCGGCCAGCCUGGACGGAGGCCCCCAUUUGGCCCUCCGUCUAAUGCUGUACCCCACCACCAGCUAGGUUUUGGAGGAAUGCCCGGCUUUGGAGGUGGAGGUGGAGGUGGAGGCGGAGGGGGUGGAGGGGGUGGAGGAGGAGGGGGUGGAUUCCCUCCUGGUGGCCCCUCUCAGUUCAGUAUGCCACCCAGCUUUAGUCCACCCAUGCAUCCUGGGCCAGGAUUCAAUCCCAUGUUGUCCCCAGGAGGCAUGGGAGGACCUGGAGGUGGGGGGCCACCACACCCUCGGUUUGGGAUGCCCCCACAGCAGCAGCACGGACAGGGUGGGCACCCGUUUAACAGCCCUCCGUUACCUGGUGGUGGUGGCCCAAGAGGGCCCUUGCCUCCCAUGGGAGGAGGCAUGGGUCCUGGACUGAACAUGAUGGGAGGCAUGAGCGGUGGCCCAGGUGGCAAUAUGGUGGGAGGGUUGCCAGGAAUGCCCCCUCAAGGACAGUUCCCUCCUUCACAGGAUGGCCCUUACCCUGGCCCCAGCCCACCAGGCCCAGGCAAUGAGGAUGGAAAGAACUUUGGUGGAGGAGGUGCACCACCUGGGCCUCAGCAGCAACAACAGCAGCAGCAGCUUAACAUAAAUCCAAAUGGCCCUCCCCCUAAUAAUACAACGCCUGGGCCUCCUCCAAAUUCUGGCCCACCUCAGCCUGGGGGUGGCUUCCCUGGCCACUCUGAUGUCCAGCAGCCCAACGCCAAUACACCUGUUCAGCCUCCAUCAGCACCACCACAGCCUAACCCCAACUCUUCUCCUACUGGCCCUCUGAAUGGAUCAGGUCAGCCCCAGCAUCCUCCGCCUAGUCAGCUACAGCCCCCCAGCAACACAAAUACCCCUAACUCUAACAACUCUACGCAGCAGCAACAGUCAACCCCACCUAACUCUGCACCGGGCUCCACCCCUUACAACCAACAGAACAACACUACUGGCACUGGGGGUCCCAUGUCAAAUACUGCCACCAAUUCAGGUCAGAACAACAUGACCAACAAUAAUGGAGGCAACACUCCCGGCAGCAAUCCAAACCCCCCCUCUAACUCCACGUCAACUCCGAACACCCAGUCUCCCCUGCCUUCUGGGCCUGCUGCCCCCUCAACCGGGCCCGGUUCUGGCCCCGGAAAACUCGGUGGCUCUGGGAUGAUCUUCCCCUGCGGUCACUGCAUGGCAGAGGUGCACGACGACCAGGACGCCAUCCUUUGCGAGGCUUCAUGCCAACGCUGGUUCCACCGUGAUUGCACAGGGCUGACAGAACCAGCAUAUGGGCUGCUGACUCGAGAGAGCGCUGCUGUUUGGGCUUGUGACUUUUGCAUCAAGACCAAGGACAUCCAGGCGGUGUUUGUGCGCCAGGGAUUAGGCCAGCUGGUGGCAGCUAAUGAGAGCUGAGGAGUAGAUGAGAAAGAGCAGCACUGAUUUGCGGCGCCUACGGACAAAUAGAGACUCUGAUCUAACCGAAUGACCUGUGUGUCAUGUCAGCUACUUGCUCAGCUUUCUCUUGACUAGCCCUUUACUUGUUCACUACACAGAGAAACACACUCAUUGACAUUCAUGCUUAUAUAUAGCACUUUGAGUGGCUCUCAGUAAAUGAUUUUUCCUUCACCCACCUCCCACCCUCUGUCCCCACCCCUACAGGAGUCAAAACAUGAUGAAUGUUAAAACUACAUAGUCCUUCAGAUAUCUAGCCUGCCAACCAGCAAAGCACUGACACCAACACACUACCUCACACAGUUUGUGACUGACUGGCACGGAAGCACCCACACUGACUGUGAUUUACUCGCUGCACUCAUGUAUCACAUGCGUGUGGUGAUGACUUAGACACGUAGGCGGGGAAGAUGAUGUUAAAAUGUUCCCGCAACUGUGUACAGUGAGGUUAAAUAAAUGGAGGAUACAUUAAUUGACUCAUCCUACUAAAAUGCUUGUCUAGUACUGCCCUGUCACAUGUUAGCCUUUUUUACUGCAAGCAAGUGAAAAAAAAAUGGAGGAAAAACAUCACUGUAUUGCAGUAUAAAAACCUCAGCAUCAUGUGUAUUGUGAAAUGUCAGCUGGGGUAAGAUUUUUUUUUUUUUUUUUUUUUUUCUUAACGAUUCCUGCACAUCCACACAUGCAUGCAUACAUACAUACAUACAUACAUACAUACACACACUUUGACUCUACAUCUUGUACCAUUUUGUACCCAGUGCUGAUUAAUCCAAAGGAGACUCGGGCUGAGAUUUCAUCCGCACCUCACAGAGGAUCUUGCCGUCGAAACAGUUGUAAAUAUUAGGACAAAACAUUUGUCUGGAUCUUCCAUCAGCUGUGAACGUGCCGCAGACUCUGCCAAAAUAAUGAUCAAAAUAUUGAGUUAAACUCGUGUCUCGGUUGUAUAUGAUACGGUAUUUUGUUUUUAUACAGUACAUUUGAGUCAGCUGUUUCUUUUUAUCUCUGCAGUACUUCAUACAUUGUGAAAUCAGUGCUUUUGGAUGGUGUUGGCAUAGCAAGUAGUGACAUCAUGUCAUAUCAGAUGUGCAUAGUCCUUUUAAAAAAAAAAAAAAAAAUCAAGAAAGGGGGGGGGGGUGGGGGUGCAUGUGAACCAAUGCAGUAACUGUCUGAUUUGUUGAUGUUUAUAUUCUGGUUUCUGAGCUGCAGGAGACCUGAAAGUAGACCAAAUAACGAAAGAACGAAAAAAAAAAUUAUCUGUUUUUUCACUUUUCUGGCGCAGUAUAAGGUGUUAUCUUCCUUCUCUCCUUCCUUACUUUUCUUUAUUCAAUGUCCGAGUUGCCUUUCUUUUCUUGCUCUCAGCUGUUCCCUUUUAUUUUGUACUGGUAUUCGUGCUGUGCUCUUGCUCUGCUCUGGUGCCUCCUGGUGGAACCUGGAGGAACCAGUGACUCCUACACCAGGUGGGGAACAGAAAGGUACUGAACUCUGAAGUAAAGACAGAUUUUUUUUUU